AUGCUCCUUCUUUCUAUGUUACUGAUCUGCCUCAUCAGCAAUGCGAACCCACAAGGUCUUGGCCUUGGACCUCUUCUUGCGAGCCUGGUGGGCGCUGCUCAAGUGGGAGCGAGAGUAACCGGUCAAGUAUUGAGAGGUGUAGGACUUGGUUUGCACGGUGUACGGUCGGCAAUAGUGCAACAUCAUAUGAUGUUUGGCUCCAAACGAAACGAAGGAACCCCGCCUAUGUCGCUUAACCCGCAAAAAACUGUGUCAGGAAUGGAUUCUACUUCUCAACCGGAAGCAAUUCAGGCAGAUGAACAGUCAGGUGGCCCAAUGCCAGGCGAUAUACAAAUGGCACCUAUGCCACUCAACCGACAAAGACCAAUGGCGAGGAGCAACCUCCCAGUGCCAGAACGAGGGAGAUAUUCCCUAGCGUCAAAUUAUAGUAGAAAACCACCAAUGCGAACGCAAAAUAGGUCACUACCGAGGUGGAGGAGAAGGCCACCAAUGCGGAUGCGAGCACAGCAAAGGAGAAAUCCCCCAAAAUCAAAGCAAUGGAAUUCCCCAAAACCAAGGCGAUGGGGGCCACCUAAGUAG